CUACUAGCUCUAAUCGAAGAGAAAGUGGAAGCGAUUAGUACACUACCCGAGCUAUUACCUAGUCCGAUACCCGAAUCGAUCACUAAGCUUAAAGACCGUGUUAAUAGGUUAGAAGACCGGUAUAGUGCCCCUUCUUACCUUAUAAUUGAAAUUAUUACUAACUAUACUAGGAUUACGGAGAAGCAAAAAAGGAUCGCCGACUUAGAGGCUUACCUCGAGAACCUUUAG